AACGCAAAAAUAAAGCCCGAAGAACCGACCCUUCGUUCUCAUUCUCCGACUUCAGCGAGAACCGAAGAAUGCCCUCUCAGCUGCCCUCCCAAACCCUUCCUCACCACAUCCAUCAUCACCACCAACACUGCCACUGCCACUGCUUUCCGCUGCUGCACCGGCAUCACCAUCAUCACCUUUUAUUCACCAAAUUCGACACUUCUCCCCUACUCUACCCUUGUCCUCUCCAUCAUAACCAUCAUCAUCACCAUCACUUAAACAACUGCUCAUCCAAUCUUCAUCUCCUCGCAAUCAAUCCUCGCGUAAUUUCAUCUAUUCCUCCAAAGCCAUGCCCGGUCCCGGCAGGCUUCUUCAGUGGCUGCCCAACUGUUUCAACGGCGGUGGAAACCUUGGUUUCUGAAAGUGGCGUUCAACCAAUGGAUCAGAGCGAGGUCUUAAAACUGGAAGAUCCUGGAGAAGAGGAGGAAUUAGAAGAUGUAUUUGUUUUAACUGAUGAAUGGAGGGAAUUCUUUGCAAAAUCUGAGGCUAAAAGGAGGAUGGGAUCGGGAGGUUACUCAUACUUGUACGAGCCUUUGUGGUGGGUUGGCAUGGUAACCAUGAUAGUUGGAGAGGCAGCAAAUUUUGCUGCCUAUGCAUUUGCUCCUGCAAUUCUUGUGACUCCUCUGGGAGCACUAAGUAUCAUUGUGAGUGCAGUGCUUGCUCAUUUUAUGUUGAACGAGAAAUUGCAUGUUUUUGGCAUCCUUGGUUGCAUUCUUUGUGUGGUGGGCUCCACCACUAUCGUUUUGCAUGCCCCAAAAGAGAGAGAGAUAGAAUCAGUAAAAGAAGUGUGGCAUCUUGCUACUGAACCAGGCUUCCUUGUUUAUACUUGUUUGGUCGUGGUGUUGGUUACUUUCCUUAUCAUGCAAUUGGUUCCACGUUAUGGUCAGACACAUAUGAUUGUAUACGUUGGAAUAUGCUCACUUAUGGGUUCACUUACGGUUAUGAGCGUGAAAACAGUUAGCAUUGCCCUAAAGUUAACAAUUCAGGGGAUGAAUCAAUUUGUAUACUAUCAAACCUGGCUUUUUACAGCUGUGGUGAUCGCCUGUAUUGUAACACAGCUGAACUAUCUCAACAAGGCAUUGGACACUUUUAACACAGCGGUGAUUUCUCCUGUGCAUUAUGUGAUGUUUUCAACUUUCACAAUUCUAGCUAGCAUGAUCAUGUUUAAGGACUGGGACUCACAGAAUGCUACACAGAUUGCAACUGAACUUUGUGGAUUCAUUACAAUACUCUCAGGAACCUUUCUUCUGCACAAAACAAUGGACAUGGGUAACCGUAGCCCAACAAACUCUGAACCCAAUGAACCAAACGCAUUGAACAACACGUAGUACUAAAAAAAGGAAUCAUAGAAUCAACUAUUUUGAUUUACUGAGGCUCUUUCUGAAUUCACAAGCCGAUUCACCUACGAGGUUCAGUGGAAUUUUUGCGAGGGCUAUAUCGUUUCAUGUAUACUGUCUUCAAUCACAAAUUUCAAUUGCAGGAAGUCGGUGCAGCUGAAAACAACAAUCCCAAGAUACAAAACACCUUGUAAUAGUAUUUCUUUUUCCUCUUCAUUUUUUGUUCUUUGGUAACCUUCAUAUUGUUCUAGUUCUGUUUUCAAGUAAAAUUCGAAUUGGAGACUGAAUCGAGCUGAUUUGUAUAUAUAAGCCCUCUUAAAUUGUUAGAACAACUACAUGAAAAUUGUUUUUGCCA